CACGAACGGCCGACAGCCUCCGAGAUAUACGUCAGCAUGGCCCGCGUCAUGUUGGGGAACUCGCCCGAUGCUUUCGAGGGCUCCUUCGUCAAGGGUUACGAGAAAGGUUUCGAGAGUGGCUGGGCUCUCGGCUUCGAGCAUGGCAGAAAGGAAGGUCGCCGCGAGGUGGUUGUUCAAAAGAAUAAAGGUACCGAUAAUCCCUAUGCCGAGAUCGCCGAGGUUCACCGAUGCUGCUGUAAGUCUUAAUCCUCUCGGGUCUCCGAU